GAUGAUUAGAAUACUUUUACGUUGACUCUGCUAAAAGAAAAGGAAAAGAAAGCCUUUCUGGAUUCAAUUGCUCUGGUAAUUUGUUUUCUCGCGAAUCGUGAGAGUCGCAGGUUCUCCGAUACCGUUCUCUUCAACUAUCUGAACCGGUUUUGUUGACGCAAAGUAUAACAGUUGUUGUCGCUUGUUGAAUCGUUUGUCGAGCUGAUCUCCCUCGUAUAUCCACCUCACGUUGUUAUUUAUUUCGUUUCUAGUUUUUUGUUUGUUUGUUGUGGUUGCUGUUCGCUUUCAGUAAUUCGAACACACGUGUUAUUUAUGCUCUCUGCUCGUUUCUAAGUGCUGCGUUCUCUCUCUCUCUCUCCCUCCCUCUCUCUCCCUUUUUCAACUUCCAUUCCAUUCGCUAUUGCGAUUCAGAGCCGCUGCUUCCGGCUGCAUCGUUUUUUUGUCGUUGUUUCGUCUCCACCGUGUGAUUAUUAAGGUGCCGUGGCGUUGCUGAAUGUCGUUGCCCAUCCUCCUUGGGGUUGUCAACACGUUCUAGCCGAGUGAAAAGAAAAGUGUCUUUGGGAUCCCGCCCACCUCCCCCCCUCUUUUUUUUACGCCUGUCCACGAUGAUUGCGUCUCCCUUGGGCCCGAAAUGGACGACCGACAACGUUGCGGAGCUGUUCUCUGCUUCGGACGUCGGUCUGCGGGACGUGUUGUACGUCGACGCGGUGGCGGAUUACCUACAGAGCAUUCAGAGCGUUCCGGCCCCAGGGCCACUGUCGCGGCGUGGUGGGCAGCGCGCGAUGGAGGACAGCGGCGCCGCCGUACCGACCUGUGCACCGGACUGCGUCAGCUGUGUGCUGCGCUACGUUAACACCCACUCCGCUCACCUGUUCGCACUCCUGCAGGGCAGCCGUGAAUUGGACGAGGCCAGCAAAACGGUGGCGGCACCGGAGGCGGCGGCAUCGACUGCCGCUGUCGGCAAGUUGGGGCACCGGAAAAGUGACCCCAGCGCGGCCGCUGCCAGUUUGCCAUGCGGAAGAAAGGGGUCGCCGCUCACCCUCGCCGCCCCACCCGACGCCACCGCCGACGCGCUCAGCGCAGAGGAAUGCGAGCACCGCGCGCUUAUCAACUUGGCGGAGCUGCUCUCCUUCUGCAUUGCGCAGUCGCCGGCGCAGUCGGACGUAAACGCAGUGGUGGCGGCGUGCACAGAGGCGUUGAGUUGCAGCAAGACGUUGGAGGCGCACCGUGCGUUUGCGGUGCAGCGGCUUCUUCUGGAGGCGUUUGACAGCGAUUUUGAGACGACGACGCAGGUAAUCGCGGACACGCUCACGCCGGCGACCAUCAUCGGUGUCGUGGAAAACCUCGCGAGCAACUCCAUUGUUGCCGAGACGCUGAUCGCGCUGUUCGGGUCUGCCCUUUCCGCGGUGUGGAUGGUGAAGCCGACCACCAAGACGGCGCUCUUUACAUCUCGCUGGAUCGCAUUGGGCUUCCCAAAGAAGCUUUGCGCCUACCUCCCAAUCGCGAUUCGCGACCCGGGGAUGUACCACUACUUCUACUUCUUUAAGGAGCUGCUGAAGCGCGGCUACAGUCACAGCGCCGGACCGGUGGUGGAUGUUUUGCUGGGCGAGCCGCUAGUGUCCGACUACGUGGAGUGCAUCUUGAGCUGCUGCGAGCACGAUGUGGGUCGAUCGCCGCUGUUCACGCCGGACGGCGCCGCGGCGGCUCCUGUGUCGCUCGCGGCGGACGGCAUGGAGGUGCUCGUCUCCGUGGUGAGUCUGGUGCGCAAGUCGCUCGUGCUGCCAGAAACAAGCCGCAUGUAUGAAGCCUCUACGCAGUGCAUCACGCCGUUGAGGGUGAUAGAAGCUCAGGCAAGCCGCAUCACGGCGCUGCUCACCCCGACGGCGAAGGGGAAGGCCGCGCAGAGCUCGUCGUGUCCUCUGCUCUCCAACUACCCACCGCAAGGCUUUGGUCCGCUGCGGCUCGCCGUGUGCGAGCUCUUCGUCGAGUUCUCUCUCUUCCAGCUUGCGGAAGUGGACCGGACCCUCAUCUCGUCCAAGUUCUUCCCUGCCUUCUUCGCCUGCUGCGAGCGGUUUCCUCAGCACGACGCCUUGGCGCGGUGCCUGCACCGGUGCGUCCUCGCCAUCUUUCAGCGCGCCACACUUGUUGGCGAAAGCCCCAGGGAUGCGGCCGACCGUGAUUUACUGUGGAAGUACGCGGUGCAGCCAAAAACGGUGCGCCUGCAGGGCGGCAAGGCGUUUUCGAUGCUGGGCGCCAUGAUUCAUUUUGCAGAGGUGCCGAACACCGCGCUGUCGAGUCACUGCAUUGACGUGCUGACAAAUCUGACCGCGAUGCCGCUCUUUCAGGCUACCGCCGGUGGUCCACACGAGGAGCAGCUGGCCGCCUGCAGCAAUUCGGAGCCGAUCCAGGAACGUGUGCGGAACAUGGCCACGCCGAUCACUGGCAAGGAGUUCGAGAAGCCCGGCUCUGCGCCCCUUCCACUCUCGGUGCACCGCGACACCAUCAAUCUGGCGGGCGAUCGUUUCCGCGGAUCGCGCACCGGUGGGAUUGUUCGCAGCUCCCGCCUCUCCGGCGCCGCCAGGAAGGUCUCGAAGGGCGCGUACACGAUCGUCCGGCACAGCUCCGACGACGACGACCGACCGCAGCGCGUGGCGGCGGACCACAAGGUCGACAUUGACGCGCUGAAGCAGGAAGUGCGCGAGUUGCAGGAGGCUGGUUCUCCGCAACUCCGCUCAUACCCCAACUUCGGCUCUAUGCAUCUCGGGUUCUUCUCCACCCCAGAGGGACAGUCUGACGACGACACUAGCAGAAGGCCGGAGAAGGAGGCGAGCACCGCAGCACCGCUCGCCACUAAGAGUGCUGCGAUGAAGGGCGAAGCAUAG